AUGACAAAGCCUUGUGAUUUGCAGAUCAAAGUUAAUGGUCAACAGAUAUUUCUUUUGAAAGAGAAGAUUAUAUCAAAAUACUGUGGAAAGGUGAGGAAAAUCUUGAAUCAUCAGAAGAGAAGAUGUCAUGUGAAAGAGAUGGGAAUCAGGAUCAAUGAUUUCCCUGGAGGUUCAGAAGGGUUUGAGCUAGUUUCAAGGUUUUGUUACAACAAUGGCGAAAUACCAAUUGAUGUAGCUAAUGUGUCUCUUCUUCAUUGUGGUGCUAUUUAUCUUGGAAUGACUGAGGAAGUUUUCAGCAACAAUCUUUUGCAACAAACACAGACUUUUCUUGAGGGAAUUCAUUACUGGAAAUGGAAUGACAUAGUUUUAAGUCUAAUGAGUUGCCGAAUGUUUUAUGAAUAUGCAGAUUGCUAUGGUCUCUUGGAGAAGAUCAUUAGUGCAGUGUUGACAAAGAUUGUUCAAAAUUCAGAUGCAAACCUCAAUAUUUCCUUCACAUCUUUAUCGUCGUCGUCACUGUCAUCGUCGUCAACACCGUCUUCACCGGAAAGCAAUUAUGCCAAGAGAUUCUCUUCUUCAACACAAACUACAUCAGAAAAAGCCAGGUUGAGUUUGACAAGCAGAGCAUGGUGGUUUGAAGAUUUGGAAACAUUACCACCAAAGAUAAUUGAGAAACUUUUUCAGUGCAUCGAAUCAUACAAAGAUGAUAACGACAGUUUAAUCUUUACAAGAUUUCUGUUGCAAUAUCUGAAAACAGCUACUCAAACCAGAAAUGCCGAUUACAGAAACAGCAGCGAGUAUGCUGCUCUUGCAGAAACAGCUGCUUAUGGAGUCAUAUUUGUCGGUAAGAAAAACUCCUCUUGCAGAGGACUUUUUUGGGUAUUAAGGAUUGUUUCUAGAUUCGGGUUGCGUAAAAGUUGCAGAACUGAGCUAGAGAAAUUGAUUGGUGGGAUGCUCGAACAAGCAACACUGGAUGAUCUUUUGGUCUCAGGGCAAGAUAUGGGGAUCUAUUAUGAUGUUAACUUGGUGAUAAGAUUAGUUAGACAAUUUGUUGAUACCAAUGGCUAUGAUGGAAUUUCUUUACAGAAAAUGAAAAGGGUUGGUAGAUUAAUCGACAAGUAUUUGAGAGAGAUAUCACCUGAUCAGAAUCUCAAGAUCUCGAAAUUUCUUGGAGUUGCAGAAUGUUUGCCUGACUCUGCAAGGGACUGCUUUGAUGGGAUCUACAGAGCCAUUGAUAUCUAUCUUGAGUCUCAUCCAAAUGUCCCAUUUGAGGAAAGAUCAAGAUUGUGCAAAUGUCUUAACUACAGUAAACUCAGCUUUGGAGCUAGUAAAGAUCUUGCCAAGAACCACAGAAUACCUCCAAUGGUUGCAAUGCAGGCACUUAUUUCUCAACAAACUAAAAUUCCAACAAGUAACUUUGUAACUGAGAGUCCACGAAAAAGCCGUUCACAAAUAGCUCUGUAUAAUGAAGGUAAAAAUGACAGCUUCUCUCAAGAGAAAAAACACAUGAAAGUAAACCUGGAGAUAUUGAAAUGUAAGGCAGUAAAAGUAGAGAAAUUAGAAGAAAUGAAUGGUCAGAUUUCAAAUAUGUUUAGCAGUAAUGUCUUGCUCACUCCUGCUCGUGCUAGAGCCUUGCCAAGAUAUUGUUGA